AUGGAGGUGCAGGAGAGCGAGGGUGAGGCAGCCUCAGCGCUGUGGGACUUUCCGUACUCCUUCACUCAGGACGGCCGCCUGCUCCACCGGGAGACGCGCGAGUCCUUCGCGUUCCGCUUCAGGAGGGGCGCGGCGCGGGAGGCCGAGUGCAGGUACCGGGCCCUGUGGAACUGCAUCACCCAGCACGUAUACUGCCUGCUGGAGGAGCGAUGCCGUCUGUGCAGGGUCCGCCUGCCCGCCGCGCCGGGUGACCCCGAGGGCGGGGCGCUCAUCUUCACCAGCCCCAGGGCGAUGGAGGGGCCAGGCACCCUGCUGGUGCUGAUCCAGGAUCAGGGCAUGGUGCGGGCCGGGCAGUGGAGCUGGAGGGCCAUCGCCCGGGACGGUUUGGACAGGGGCAGCCAGAUCCCGUACGUGGAGCGGGCGCUGAAGGAGAACUGGGGCAUGGUCAUAAUGAACCCCAAUGAGAACACGGGGGAGGCGGGGCUGGGGGCGUCGCCCGAGGAGCACGUGCUGCGCGUGUGGGACGGCUGCCUCUCGGGCCGCGCGGCCGGGCGCGUCGCCGUGGUGACGCACGGCUACGGGGGCGUGGCGUUCGUGGACCUGCUGCUGCGGCGUCUGCAGGAGGUGCAGCGGCAGGUGUGCGCGGUGGCCUUCCUCGACUCCUCCCACAACCUGUGGCACCAGCCGCUGGGUGUGGCUGGGAGGGAGUGGCUGCGGGCGCACUCCAGGCAGUGGGUGCUGAGCUCGAAGCCCCUGAACCGGCCCGUGGGCUCCCUGAAAGCGGCCUGCUUCCAGCUGUCGGCCGGGACGCAGUGCCACGAGGCGGCCCCCGCCGUCUGCAUGGACUCCGUCUUCCGCUUCUUUGUCAAGGCCAUGAGGGCCAGGCCGACGCCCACUCCCUUCGACAUCGUCACCCGGAGCAGGAGUCAGGGGCAGGGCAAUCCGUCUGGGGGAGCGACCGGGCCACGUGAUGUCAAUGGCAAUAAGAUGUAG